UGCUCGUUGCGGACUCGCGCCCUCAUUUGGGUGCUUGGACCAAGCCUGGGGCGGGGGCAGCAGCGAGAGCCCCCUGAUGUACCCGGCUCCUCCCCUACCCUCAGCCGCAGCGUGGCACAGAGGUGACCCGGCCUGGGGGCCUCCCCGUUCGGAUCGGACAUCCUUCCUCCUCCCCCUUCCCUCCUUCUCCUCCUCCUCCUCCUCCCCCUUCUCCUCCUCUUCCUCUUCUCCUUCCUCCCACCCGGGCCGGCCGAGCCCCAGAGGCACAGGGGCAGGCACGCACGCGCGGGCACACUGACCCCGGCACCGACACGAACGCGCGCGGCGCGCGCCCCUUCCCCGACUUACACCCGGGCGGGUGUGUGAGUGUGUGUGUGCGUGUGUGAGUGAGUGUGAGGAGUGUGUGUGAGUGUGUGAGUGUGCGCGCGCGCUGCGCAGCUCGGCGCAGCGCUCGGGGCCGGGCUGGGCCGGGCCGGGCCAGGGGCAGCGAGGAUGGAAGGCGGUGCGUACGGAGCUGGCAAGGCUGGGGGCGCCUUCGACCUCCAGACCUUCAUUCGGCAACCCCACACCGUGCUGCGCCUGGUGUCCUGGGUGUUCGCCAUUGUUGUCUUUGGCUCUAUCGUGAACGAGGGCUACCUGAACGACCCUGGGGAGGGUGAGAAAUUCUGCAUCUACAACCGGAACCACAACGCCUGCAACUAUGGAGUCACUGUGGGUGUCCUGGCCUUCCUCACCUGCGUCCUUUACCUGGCCUUGGAUGUCUACUUCCCUCAGAUCAGCAGUGUCAAAGACCGGAAGAAGGCUGUGAUCUCUGACAUUGGUGUCUCAGCCUUCUGGGCAUUUCUCUGGUUCGUUGGUUUCUGUUUCUUGGCCAACCAGUGGCAGGUCUCCAAACCUACGGACAACCCUAUGAAUGAGGGGACAGAUGCUGCUCGAGCUGCCAUCACCUUCUCCUUCUUCUCCAUCUUUACCUGGGUGGGCCAAGCCGUGCUGGCCUUCCAGAGGUACCGGAUCGGCGCUGACUCAGCCCUCUUCUCCCAGGACUACACGGACCCAAGCCAGGAUUCAAGCAUGCCUUAUGCCCCCUAUGCCAAUGAGCCGGAGGCUGGGCCUGACAUUGGCGGCUCCUACCAGCAGCCUGCCAACGCCUUUGAUGCUGAGACGCAGGGGUACCAGACACAGGGGUAUUAAGCCAGUGAUGGGCCCCUCCCCCAAUCCCUUCAGGCCCCCACCCCCACUCCCCCUUGGCCUCUCCACCUCAGUGGCCAGAGGCAAAGAAAGAUACCCCCAUUGCCUUCUCACUCCUGAUCCUCCAGCCCCAGCUGUUACACACUUACGCACACACAGACUCCACACUUACUCUUCUCUCUCAAUCCCCGGCCUCAUUUCCUCCAGCUGAAUGGAGUAUAGUUCCAUCAUGCUGAGGUAUGUGUAUCCUGCCCCUCUCAAAUUUUAUUAGAAAUUGUCUCUGAAUUCCUCCUGGGUCCUAGGAGAAAGCAACAGAGUAUCCAAGGGGUCUGACCAUCCAGGGAGAGGAUGGCGGUGUCCAUCCUGGGGGUGAAUGGGGGAUGGUUGAGGGAGAGGAGUGUGUGUGCGCGCGCACAUGUAUGUGUGUGUGUGUGUGUGUGUGUGUGUACUCACCAGAGGGUGGAAGGAGUUGGGAGAGUUGAGGAAGUGCAAGUAUACUUGGAUAUGAUGGGUGGUAGAGAAGGCUUUGCAAGUUUGUUCAGGAGUGGCAUGGAGCAGGGCCCAGUGGCAGAAGGCUCAGUUGUGUUGGGGGAAGGCACUGGAUCCAAGAGUGAGAAGAGCUUCCCCAUUGGUUGGCCUUGAUGCCUGCCCGCUUAGAUCCCUCCAGCCCCGAUGUCUGUUGAGGGAUGAAUCCCGACCCCAUCACAGCCUUUCCCCUCAGACUCUGGGCUCCUUUUCCAGGGUCCUGGUGCUGUGGGGCCCUUUCAGUGUUAUCGCCAUUCCCAGGGUCCCACUUGGCUUCGAUGGGAAGGAUUAACAGGUUCUUCUGUGCCUGUGACAGAACAUCCCCAGGCCAGGCUUUGUCCCAGCUCUACAGGGUUUCUGCUGAUCUGUAUGUCCUCUUGACCCCAGUGCUUUCCAGACCAAAGUGAAGGUACUCAUCACCUUCUCCAGGUCACUAACUCAAGGGGACGGGGACAAUGCUCAACAAUGCCCACACAGGAACUUGCCUCCCAAACAUUGGAGAGCAGUUCAUGGUCCCCAUGCUGCUGAAGUGCCCCUCAAAGAACUCCCUUCCCCCUUUUGUCCCGAGCUCUUCUCCUGCAGGUUCCUGGCUCCUUUGGCCUGUGUCAUCCAUGAGUGACCCAGCUAUGGAUCUCAGCAUCCUCUGGGAACAGCAGGCACUGCCUGGACAUCCCUCUCCUUUGGAAAACCAGAGCAGCCUCCUCCAUCCCAUGCUUCCCCCAAUCCCCAACCUCCUCCAUCUCCCCAUCCUGUCUGCCCCCAAAUCCAACCCAACAAUUGAUUCUUGUAUCUCUGAGACCUAGGGUUGGAAAGACCCUUCUGAAGGGAAGUCUAUCCCACUGCCUCAUUUAAGCCAUCCCACACACAUGUUUUCUGCAAGUCAAAGCUGCCUUGUAUAUAGCCAGACUAUAAAUGGGCUGGGUGUGUCAAGCAUUGGUAUCCUGAAUUAAUCAUUCACCAAAAGUUUCCAGCACGUCUUUCCUAUGUUCAACCUUGAACCAGAUACUAAGUGUGAGAUUCAUGCUGAGGAAGCUAGGGUCCUUGUCCUCAUGUAGCCCACGGACUCAUGGUGGAGCUGGCUGGGGCGGGUAAGGCAUCUAUACAUAGAACAUUCUUUGUUAUUGGGUUGGGCUGGAGAUUUCACUUGUAAAGGGAACUCUGAAGAAGACUUCCCUCCUCUUACAUUGGGGGAAGGAGAAAAUGUAGACAUGGACUGGCUCUGCAAGUUAGCCAGAGAGCACUCCUGGGGCUGGAGAGGUUAAGUAUUUGCCUUGGGUCACAAACAGGACUUGAACCCAGGUCCUCUAGAUUCUGAGGCUGGGGAAGCAUAGGGCCUUUGGCUGGAGUAAAAGGAAUGAGGGAUGGAAGGGGAGAAAAGCUUGGAAAGGCAAGCUGAGGCCUGAUAGAGAGCCUUGAAUGUCAGCUGCAUGCCCUCUCUUGCCUGCUAUCCAAGGGCAAAGAGCUUGUGGACUUGCCUGUCCUGUCCCAGCAUGCCAGAGUGCCUGCUCAUGCUCUCUGGCAUAAUCCCCCUUUUGUUGGGACUUCGCUGGAGAGUGUCCAGUGCCUGCCUCAUCCUUCCCCAAUCUUUGGAGGUUGGAGGAGUAACCCAGAGAAAGGAGUGACUUUCUCAAGGUCAGGAAGGUAAUUAAUGGGCGGGUUUGGAACCUGGAGCCUCCAACCCAAAAUCCAGUGUUGUUUACACUAUAUUCCCAUUGCUUCUCAUCACAGGUGAGGCACCUGAGGCCCAGAGAAGUCAGAACAAUGUGUCUGAUGUCACACAGCAAAUGACAGAAUUGGGUGGGGGGAGCCUGGGCUGGCUGGUUCCUUCUAGACCAUUCUGGCCUCACUGUCCUCAGGCAGGACAGAAUGAAGCUUUUCUUUAAGUAUCUGAAAGGCCAUGAUGGGGAAGAGGCAUUAAAAGGCAAUUGUGAAAAGAGCCCAGAUUUGGGGUCAGAAGACUCCAAAGAGUUCAGAUCCCACACUGGUCAGCCAUGUGACUUUGGAGACGCCCCUUUCACUAUCUCAGCCUUCACUUUCUCUGCUAUACAAUGGCAAGGUUGGACUGGAUAGCCUCCAAAUUGAUGAUCUAAUGACUGGGGGAACUUUAAGGUCUCUCCCAUGUUGACAUUUUGUGGGUCUAUGACCUAGCUAGGAGUAAUGAGUGGAAAUUACAGGAAGCACAGUUGGGCUCAGUAGAGGUAACAGCUGUUUAAAAGUAGAAUGGACUAUUUCAGGAGGUAGCGAGGAUUUUCCUGGGCUUUGAGCCUCCUGACAGCCCUCUGUAACUAAAAGCCUUCCAGCAGUGGCUGGGUAUAAAGGCUUUGAUAGACGAAGGGAAGGGGCUAGAUACCAUUUGAAUUCUUUUCCAGUUCAAGGAUUUGUUCUGCUUCACCAGACAAGUCAGUUCCCCUGUCUAAGGUCCAGUUUCUUCAUCUGCAGAAUUGGAGUUUUGAUUUCUGUCCACCUUACCUGGUAGAAUGUUAUGAAGUCCCAAUGAGAUAAAAAGUGUGAAAAUACUCAAAGUGAUGUUCAUCUGUGAAAGAUUCAGGGGGUACUCCCACCCCAGAACCCUACCACACACACCCUGUCUCAUAAUCACCUCCAGUGAGGCCCUAGAAUUUUGUACUUCAGGGCAGAAUUCCUGGGCUUUGAUCCUCCUGACACUGCUUACUGCCCAGGGGACCCCAGACAAAGCUCUCAACUUCUGAGGGCCUCGGCUGCCUCACCUAAAAUGGGAGUGCCACUUUACCUACUUACCCGAAGGCAAGGUGCUAGAGCACAUGACCUCUGGACACCCCUCCUGGCUCUGAGAGGGAGGCAAGUUUGCUCUCAACUUGGUGGGGGCUUAUGAGAGCAGGGGCACGGUGGAAGAAGGUGAUGCUUAUGGGGGAUCAUUUUCUCUCCUUGCUGUACUCCAACUCCUCAUCCCUCUCCCCGACCCCCAACGCCAGCCAGGAUCUCCCUAUUCAAUCAUACCCAAACCCAUGUGUACUGCCCCGGCUUUUAUAAGCAGUCAGGCCCUGGUGACUGAUGGCUCCCCUCUGUCCUAACCCCGGAUUUCCCUCCACUUAGCUCCUAGGAGGACCCUGAGGGGCUCCAGACUUGUUGGUUCCUGGAGUGCCUCUAGCAGGCCCAGCUCUGUUUCAGAGGUCCAUGAUGCCUUUAUAGCAAAGCAUCUGUUUACUUCCAUGUGAGCCCAAGGUUUUUACCUCCUAGCCUGCCUCCCCCCCUAAUCUGUUUCCUGACUUUUACACUAUCUCGAGGUCCUUGCUGCCCCCCAGACCUCCCUCAACUCACUGAGGGUCCUCGGUCCCUUCCCCUCCUUAGACCCUGCUUUUCUGCCCUGUUCCUGCUCCUGGCUAAAUCUGGGUCCAAGAAUCCUCCCUGGAAAGCAGAGGGUGGCCUCAAGCACCACUUUGGGGCAAAGCUCCCCACUUUAGGAGCUGUGGAGGGAUAGGCACCUGGCCCUCUGCUCCCUCUGACUGCAUCCUUGGGGUGGCUAUGGUCCUAACUGGGUGUCCCCUACAUCCCUCUCUCCCUCCUCCCGCAGCAUUACUGCCUGUGUAUAGUAUAAAUAUAUAUUUUAUAUAUAUAAGAUGUAUAAUAUAAGGCUAUACAAAUAUAUAUGCGUGUGUGUGUGUGAGUGAAUGUGAGAGAAUAGUAAAGGAUGGUCAGCUCCACGCAGACCCCAUAGUAGAGUGUUCAUCUGGCUCUCCCUGGUGUAUUCAGACCUUUGCCCUGCCCACCAGCCCUUAGCCACUCCAUCUGGUUGCCCAAGAGGGACUCUCAGAACCUGUGUUGGCUCCGUCCUUUAUAUUUGUGCUGAACCAAGUGAAGGUGGUGACUACUGGUGACAUUAUCAAUAAAGUGGUGUUCCAAACCCGA